CUCAACUUGAAAGUACACUUGUCUACCUUCUGGACUGCAUACUACUAUAGCUAGCUAGCUACUCAUGGGUUGUUUAUACUCGUGCUAGCAAGCGGGAAAUUAUAAACUUUGAGGAAGGUGGGGGUAGCUAGAUAGGCUAGGUAUGCCUCUUUUUCAAAGUUAUCAGCUGUUGGACAUGGACUCAAAGGAAGAGGCAGGGAGACGUGACAUUAAAGUGCAGGCAAGUACAGCAUUAGUCUCUUAGCUAAGUAGGCUAUACAACAGCCAUUAAUAAUACACAUUUAGCUACUGUUGCACGAGGAAGAUAAGAGUGUACGGGACGGGUGUGUUUUCUGUGUGUCGAAGUACGUGGGAAAACUCGUCACUACUCGCGAGCAAGUGAAAAGUAGGCUAGGCGCAGCAGCAAGGAUUCAAUGGAUUCGGCACUGCUAAAAUGAAAACAAAAUCGAAAUGGAGGUCUGCAACAAAUAUAUAUCAUAUAAAUCUUGAUUACAUCCGCCUUCUCAUUAAUACAUGCACUACUGCCUGCCUGUGAGUAAGAUAUAAUUCGAUGGAAGAUACUCGUCGUUGUGUUUCAUCCUCUAAUCUAGCUGGCUAGCUUUCUACAUAACCUCACCCAGCGAGCAACGGCAAUAGGACGAUAAUUGAUCGAUUAAGGGAAUUUAUGGGAUCACAAGUGAAACGUGUUUGAUCGAGGAAUUGAGGCGCAGUUUCCUUUGUUUACAGUCUGCAUUUUAGAACAGCUGAUGCGUCCAUGCAAUGCAGUUUCAUCUGAUGAGAUGAGUGUGCGUGCGGGCCAGGGCAGUGACGAGGUGCUGGUGUCGCAGGCGGUCUGGGACUACCUGGCUGCCGCCGGUCGACCCUGGCUCAUUGACUUCCAGGACAAGCAGGGGAUGAGCGCUGGCAUCGUCAGGCGGGGGGAGCGGGGGGGCUGCUGCGCUGUGCGGCUGCAGCCAGUGGAGGGCUUCAGGAGGUCCGGGGCCGGGCUCCUGGAGGGACCCAUAUCCAACGAGACCCGCAAAGCCUUCAUAGACUUGUGCCGCUGUGCCCGGAAAGAGAUGAGCAAACAGGACGGCGGUCCUAAGAGGAAGCGCUCCCUGCUCCCCUGCGUAGGAGUCCUGGAAGCUGACGGGGAGGGGAGCCUGCUGCCGCCCCCUCCUCCGCAACCCCGCCGCUCCCAGAGGCAGCAGCAGAGGUACAAGAAGCCGGCCGAGGACGAGGCCUGCGUGGUCCUCUCCCUGCCCCACGAAGCUCCGCCGAGGAAGGAAAUGGAGGCGGGCAUGGCCUCGCCCGGCGAGGCCGAGGACGCCUCGUGCUGCUCCAUCUGCAUGGGCGACAUGGUGGAAAAGACCACCCUGGAGAGGUGCGGCCACGCCUUCUGUCGCUCGUGCUUGGACCAGGCCUUCAAGGUGAAGAGAGCCUGCCCCGUGUGCCGCCUGGUGUACGGGCAGCUCAUCGGGAACCAGCCGGCCAACGGCAGCAUGAUGGUGGAGAGAGACCCGGGUCUCGAGCUGCCCGGCCACGAGGGAUACGGCUGCAUCUGCGUCAUCUACAGCUUCCCCCCGGGUCUGCAGGCGCCGGAGCAUCCUAACCCAGGGGUGCGGUACCCGGGAACGGACCGCGUGGCUUAUCUCCCAGACAGCCCCGAGGGGAACCGCGUCCUGGGCCUGCUGCGGCGGGCCUUCGAACAGCGCCUUAUCUUCACCAUUGGUACCUCCAUGACAACGGGCAUGCAUAACGUCAUUACCUGGAACGACAUCCACCACAAGACCUCCAUAUGGGGGGGGGCGCGCUGCUUUGGCUACCCGGAUCCUACUUACCUUGUGAGAGUGACAGAGGAGCUCCGGGAGAAAGGCAUCACAGUGGACUGACAGCAAGGAAACGUGGCAUUAUGGGACAUUCUAGGAACCUCUGCCUUUUCCUGCUGCUGGUCACGACUAAGCUGCAGGUUCCAACCAGUGUGAUGGCCCACCAGACCCAGGGGGCCAGCUGAGGAGUUCUCUCAGCUGCCUCAAGGAUGUCCUGCCGUGGAGUCUGGGUCACCUUGACUGAUUGUUCCUGUGUUCAUUGGCAUUUCUUUGAGUUCUGCUAAACCCAGCGCUUUGUGUGAGAGAAAAAGACUAAUACGAGUGCAGGGCAUUCUCGUGUUAAACAACCCUGAACGUUUAUUGGCAAUAGUACAGUUUAAAAAUGCACUCUUUCAAACGGGAUCGUUGUGUACUUAAGUUGUAGGUACUUAAAUAUUGUUUUGAAUUAACACGUUUGUUUGCUUAAGUUGACACAAUCAUUUGUUUGGUACUGUUGAAUUCCUUACAAAGGAAACUCCUCAUUCCCAUGUUGCAAGCACAUAUAGUUUUUUUUCUUCCCGCUCCAGUAAUGUUUCUAGAAUAAGUAUUUUUUCUAUUUAAUUAUGUUAUUGAUAUGUUUUCUGGGCUGUGGUAAAGAUAGGUGGCAGAAUAGCACUGCUUCACUAGAAUCUUCUAAAGAACUCAUUCUGUACAGGUAUUGCAAUCGAAAGCACUCACAAGCACUUUGUCAAGUUGUUCAGUCAAGGAGGCUGGUCGAUUUGUCCUUCUUCCCCGAAACGGAAGAGUGCUCCUUGCAAAUGCAGGUGUUUGCUGCCAAGAGCUUUUGCGUUAGCUCGGUAGCUACAAGUUGAUGUCAGUUGCUCGGAGCUCUUCUCCAUCCCUCCCUCUUCGUCUUCCUCAUCUUCCGCCCCCCCUUUCACCCGAAACAGGAGGAAUGUUUAUCCACGUCUCUGCUGCAGCGCUGGAGCUGAUGUCACAGGAAUGUCCUCAGCCAAGUUCUUUGGCAUUCACCUUACGAUCCCCCCCCCCCAAGAUGCCACUUCAGUCGGGCAACAAUGUACUCUGUUCUACUUAGCAGAUUUAUAUGAUGAUGUCAGACUACAAAGGCACAUAGCCACUCAUACCAAAUCAAAGGCACAACAGCUAUCAAUCUAUGGCCCUUGUCCCUGUUACACUCUGAGGCUUGUUACAUUAGGAAUUCAAAAGAUAUGUGUGCUCUUUGGAGGUCUAAAUACGUCAUUUAAGUUCAAGUUGUAUCUAAGGAAUGAUAACCAUGUUCUGAUUCCUGUCCCUCAUAGGGACAUGGUCUUGUAUCUAAGGAAUGAUAACCAUGUUCUGAUUCCUGUCCCUCAUAGGGACAUGGUCUUGUUUGAAAUCAAUUUGUCUUUUUCUUGUGCCUUCCUUCUUUUCAACAACAUUGAGCAUGUCCAUGUUUAGAACUAAGCAGCUCGAAUAGGCAGUUAAGUGUUUUUUGGGGGUUGCAUUAUUUUUGUAUGCUCUUUUGCUUUGAGUGAUAUAAAUACUACAAUGUAUGAGAAUACAGUGUACAAACAACAUUUGUUUUUGUUGUUCUGGUGGUUCAAAAGCAAAGCCUCUCAAAAUUCAUGCUGUGCACAUCAUUUCAAAGGGUAGAUUUUUCAUAUGCAUAUGCUUGAUAAUUUUCAACCACUACAUCAGAAGAUAUGCAUUAGGCCCAAGUAUUGUAUUAAUUAUACUUUUUUCUGUUAACAUCUAUAGAAAUACUUUGCUGUUAAGGGGACCAACUAUUAGGACAAUAUCUUUGGGAAAAGAUUGUCAAAAAAUCUAUGCAGUACAUGUUAGAUGGGGCCAGAAUGAAGGGAUUGCACAUUGCAAAUUGAAAAGUUCAAGUUUUGCUUUUCUAAUUGCGUUGAUUGGUAUUUUAUGAGUCUGUUGAUAUUCAGAAUAAUGUGCUUUACAUUUUAAUACUUGAAUAAAAGGUUAUGUUCUGUU